AUGGAGCCUCACUACUCAGAUCCUGCGCUCACUAUCCCUUCACCAACACAGCCCGUGGUGAUCCCGCCCAGCUACUUCCAGCCACUACGACGUCGCAAUGCGUGCCGCAUUGGCAACUGUUGGACAUGCUCCCGUCAGCUCAACACAGUUGCUCGUUUCAUUGACAGUCCGCAACAUGGAUUCUAUCUGGAGUCUGGUGUUUUUGGUGCUUUUCCGGUGUCAAUAUCGAGCGGCGAUCGACACCUCAGCUGCGUUGAGCCUGGUGGCUUCGAUGCCGGAUUGUGGUCAACCAAGAACACCACUGCGACUCUAUGCUCGCAUCCCAUCCGAGACCACACGCUUAUAGUAUUCUACAGCGGCAUCAUUGGUCUGGCUAUUGCAGUGGCCGCAUACAUUCUGAGGAUCAGCGGAAAGAUCCAAUCACCCUGUUCUGGAGGCAUUCGGUGGACAUCUACUCUCUGGUGGGACGACUUUGUCAUGACGAUUGCGAUGCUACUGAUCAUCCCGGUGAGCGCAAUGUCUGUAGUGCUGGCCAAUACCGGUCUUGGAAAGGACAUCUGGACGUUACCAUUCGACAACAUCACCAAGAUUCUGAGGAUCUACUACAUCGACGAAGAUCUUUACCUGAGCGCCCUUCCGGCCGUCAAGAUAUCUAUGCUUCUGACGUAUCUACGGGUCUUCCAGUCGAAACGCUUCAAGCAACUGGUCUACGUCGUUAUUGGCUUGAACAUUGGCUACUGCAUUGCUUUUGCGCUGGUGUCGAUAUUCCAGUGUAUGCCGAUCCCCUUGGCCUGGACUCAUUGGGACGGCGAGUACGGUGAUGGGUACUGCAACAACAUCAAUGCUCCAGGCUGGACAUCGGCACUUUUCAACGUGAUACUGGACAUUCUGACCUUAGGGCUACCUCUUUCCAUGCUCUGGAAGAUGACACUCAACAAGCGCAAGAAGUUCCUGGUCAUGCUCAUGUCCUCACUCGGCUUCUUCGUCACUCUUGUCAGUGUAUUACGAUUGCAAGUGUUGGUUGAGUUCGGAGGCUCGAAGAACAUUACCUGGGACUAUAAAGCUGUUGGCUACUGGUCAACAAUCGAGCUACACGCGGCUGUGGUUGCGGCGUCUUUGCCUGCGAUCCGGAAUCUCAUUCGCCGCUUCCUCCCACGCUUGAUGGGCUCAACGGCGGAAGAGUCUCGCGGCAUAACGACUACUGGUCUCUCAGAAACCACCGCCCUGAGCAGCGGCGUCCCAAAGAUGGAACCGCAAAUACAAGUCAGGCCGCGGGAAAGUGACGAAGAGAACUUCAUACCGCUGCAGGAUUUCGAGGGCAACGACACGAGGAAGCACAGCCGGAACUUCUCCUUGCCACAGUAUGGUGCACCGGCUCCAGAAGCAUCGCACGCAACGCGGACGCCCUUUGGUGACAGUGAUGAUUACGACUCGCCCGUCCAACCUACACCCAUGGAUGAGGUCCGCGACAGCCAUGAAUUCUGGCGCAAGUCCAAAUUCUAG